CCGGCUGGCGCUAAUGGCGGCGCCCGCGGAACCGGACGCUGCGGGUGAGGAGGAAGCCAAGGCGGAAGAGGACCCGCGAGUUCUGGAACCCGGGGCCGCCCCGUUCGGAAAUUUCCCUCAUUACUCCCGCUUCCACCCUCCAGAGCAGCGGCUCCGCCUCUUGCCCCCGGAGCUGCUUCGCCGGCUCUUCCCUCCGCGUUCCGAGGCCAGGCCAAUCCUGGGGCUCGACGUGGGGUGUAACUCCGGGGAUCUGAGUGUGGCUUUAUACAGACACUUCCUUUCCCUACAUGAUGGGGAGACCUGCUCAGAUGUCUCAGGAGAACUCCGUUUCCUCUGCUGUGACAUAGAUCCAGUCCUGGUGGAGAGAGCUGAGAAAGAAUGCCCUUUUCCUGAUGCCUUGACCUUUAUCACCCUGGACUUCAUGAAUCAAAGCACCCGGAAAGUUCUCUUAAGCUCUUUCCUAAGCCAGUUUGGACGCUCAGUUUUUGACAUUGGCUUCUGCAUGUCAGUAACCAUGUGGAUUCAUCUGAACCAUGGAGACCAGGGCCUGUGGGAGUUCUUGGCUCACCUUUCCUCCCUUUGCCGCUACCUCCUGGUGGAGCCACAGCCCUGGAAGUGUUACCGGGCAGCUGCAAGGCGUGUCCGGAAGCUGGGCCUCCACAAUUUUGACCACUUCCGCUCCCUUGCCAUCCGAGGUGAUAUGGCCAAUCAGAUUAUACAGCUCUUGACCCAGGACCAUGGCAUGGAAUUAGUAUGCUGUUUUGGCAGCACCAGCUGGGACCGAAGCCUUUUGCUUUUCAGAGCAAAGCGCACCAUAGAAACUCAUCCAAUUCCUGAGUCUCUGAUAGAAGAAGGAGAUGAAAGGGACAGAUUAAAAUUCUGGAAACAGUGAGAUGGAACCAGAAAAGAGAUAUUGUAAGGGUUUUAUACUAAAAAUUAAGUAUUAAUUAACUCCUCACAGAUAG